CUCAUUUUUUUUUUUACCUUACAAAUACAAUUUACAGUAAGCUCUCUAAAGCUUCAACCAAAUUGCCGGCUACUGUUGGAAUUUUCUCCGGGAAGCAAAACGAGAAAUGAGAGGAGGCUUGAUAUGGGCUACAGCAGAUGACUUGGCAAAGAAUAGAGGAAGAGUUCUGUCUUUGUAUAGGCAAAUCUUGAGGAGCCUUAAUUCACCUGCUUUGCCAUUUAGCUUAGCAGUUAGACUUCAAAAGAAAGCUGAGGUCCGUGCCAUGUUCAUGUUGGGUUCCGAGGAGCAAUCUCUACAUAACAUUCAAGAUCUUAUUGAUGCUGCUGAAUACUCUCUUUCCGUUUUACGAAAAGGCGAAAUUCCAUAGCACUUUCAAGUUUAUCAAUAAGCCUGGACAUCUUGUUUGAAGCAGCUCUUGUUUGAUUUUAGUACUAGCAACUUCAAGUUUUUGAUGAAGAUUUCUCUUGUGCAACAUGACUCUCUAAUCAUCUCUAAAGUGGCUUCAGCAUCCUGUAAAUUUUAGUCCUGUAGUAUAUGGUUUUAGAGUAGAUGAUCUAGGACAUUAUUUUGCCAGAGACUAUUCACACGAGGAUGCCAGCGUGCUUCUGAAUGACAUACAAUUUUCUACCCCUAAAUACAAGCUGAAUUACAGAGACGGAGAACGACAUUUCCUUGUUCCUAGAGAUGUUUAGAUAUGAUAAAACAAAAAGUUGAUACCUGAGAAUUAUUAGUACUUGUAGUGAUUUCUUCUUUUCUGGCCUGUCAAGGUGAUACAGAUGUGUUUUAUGUGCAUCCCAAAGUCAGUACUUUUGCUUUGGUUGAUACUGGGCUCAACUGUUUCCUGUUGUUAAAAUGGUUUAUUUUUCGUAUUAGAUGCUACGGUCUUUAAAUAUCUGGAAAAGGCCUGUUUUUAAGCUUGGAGACUUAAUUCAUACUGAUGGAUCAUCCAUCCAUCGUUUAUUAGGACAUCACCCCAAAACUAUCCUCCCGCUCACAACUCAUAAAUAAAUUAGAAAUAACGCUCACUAACCACUCUGGUUAUCGAAAGAUAGUCAUGUUAUUUAGCAUUUUCUUUGUUUUCAAAACUUUAUGACAUUCAAUUUUGGUUAGCCAAUUUGUUUAUGAAAACUCUGCGAUAAUCUUUUGGACGAGCAUCGGGUAAAUUCUCUACUAAGAUGAAAACUACACUAGGCAAAUUUUAUGUGUCAUGAUCGACUCAAGCAAUUCCUAUUCGACAUGCUCGGAGAUUGAUCCGUUCGAUUCAAAAGACAUUGAAGGGGAUUAAUCAACCAUGUGGAUGAACCACCUUCCAAACUAACUGAGCUUGAGCGGACUAAUUAGCCCGUUUGAAAAAUGGUUAUUUUGUGGAUUUUUUCAUGUGGAUAUGACAAGUUUGGUUGGACCAAAAUAUUAUGCCCAAUCAAUACGCUCUUCCAUUGAUCAUGUAAAAAUCUGUUCGACAAUUCUUCCCGCCAAAGUCCGUUCUGAUUCAUCUUUCAAGUCCCAAAUUGCAGUAAACAGUUUCAAUUAAUGGAGCAAGAGCUCAAGAUCGAUAUUAUUUUUUCUGUGUGUUUCUGAACAAGAAAUCAAAUGUUCUACCAACCAUGGCCUUAAUUUUUGGUUGCACUGUAAAUUCUCAAGACCCUUCUGUAUUUCCUAAACUCCAUACCAGCAAAUCAAUCAAAAAAUUCAAUUAUUUGAUCACCAAAACUAGCUCCCUACAGCACACCCAACAACCCCUUUACGCCAAAAUCAUAUUUUUAUGUUCUUCUUCAAUACCCUCUAAGGAUAUGAGCUAUAUCCACUCUCUUUUCACUCAAAUAUAUGAACCAGAUAUCGAUGUUUAUAAUUCUAUAAUGAGAUGUGUUUUAAGCACUAAAUGUAAGGAAAAUGCUUUACUUGGUUUUGUAAUGUAUGUUGAAAUGAUGUGUAAAGGUUUAGAUUUGGAUAAAUACACGUACCCUCUUGUGAUAAAGGCGUGUGUAGAGUUACGUGAGCUGAGAUAUGGCAGGUUGGUUCAUGCCCAUGUGAUAAAAAAUGGGUUUGCGUUGGAUUUGUAUGUAGUGAACAAUUUGAUGCGAUUGUAUGGUGUUUGUGGGUGUGUAGGGAGUGUAAGGAAGGUGUUUGAUAGAAGUCCUGUGAGAGACUUGGUAUCUUGGACUAUUUUGAUUCAGGGAUAUGUGGACAAUGGUUAUUGGAAGGAAGGAGUGGAUUUGUUCUUUGAGAUGGUAGAUGACGGGUUAAGGGCUGACGAGAGGAUGAUGGUUGUUGUGAUAUCUGCGUGUGCGAAAUUAGGGGAUUCGAGAUUGGGAAAGAAGUUACACAAAUACGUGCAGAGUCAUAAGUUGAAUUUUGAUGUGUUUCUUGGGAAUGCAUUGGUCGAUAUGUACUUAAAAUGUGGUGAACGGGAUGUUGCUCUUGAUGUUUUCAGAGAGAUGCCGAUGAGAAAUGUGAUCUCUUGGAAUACAGUAAUAUCUGGAUUGGCUCAAAGAAGGGAGUUUAAACAGGCAUUGAGUGCAUUUAUUGAAAUGCAGGAUCAAGGAGUAAAGCCUGAUGAGAAUACUUUAGUUGGUGUUCUGAACUGUUGUAGCAGUUUAGGGGCGCUAGAAGUUGGGAAAUGGGUGCACAGAUAUAUAGAUAGAAAUCGGAUACAAUUAGCGGGGUUUGUGGGCAAUGCUCUUGUAGAUUUGUAUGCCAAGUGUGGAAGCAUGGACGAUGCCCUUAGAGUUUUUGGAAGUAUGGCUACUAAAGAUGUUUAUUCAUACACAUCCGUCAUAGUUGGUUUGGCCACACAUGGAAAGGCACGGAUGGCACUUAAGUUUUUCUAUGAAAUGCUUGAUAUUGGCAUAAAACCAAAUGAAGUCACGUUUGUAGGUGUUCUCACAGCUUGCAGUCAUGGAGGACUGGUGGAAGAGGGUCACAAUUUCUUUACAGAUAUGUGGAGAGUGCACAAAUUAAAACCUCGAAUAGAGCAUUAUGGCUGUAUGGUUGAUCUGUUGGGUCGUGCAGGGUUGAUAGAUGAAGCAAUGGAGUUCGUGAAACACAUGCCAAUUGAACCUGAUGCUUCUAUUUGGGGAUCGAUAUUAGCAGCAUGUAGGAUACAAGGAAAAGUUGAACUCGCUGAGCAUGUGACUGAAAUACUUGUCAAUAUGGAGUCCGAAAAAGAUGGUACAUACACACUGAUGUCAAACACAUAUGCUUCAGUCAGUAAAUGGAAAGAUGCUUUAGAAGUAAGAAAGGCAAUGAAGAGACAGAAAAUAAAGAAAGUCCCUGGAUGUAGCUCCAUUGAACUUGAUGGUGUUGUUUCUGAAUUUAGGAGAUGCGACAAAGCCCAUCCACGAAGUAAAGAUAUAUAUGCGAUGGUUGAGCAAUUGACAUUUCAUCUAAUUGGCACAGAAGCAGACGGAAGUGAGUCUUGCAUAAUUUGAAUGGUGCAAAGGAACAGCAAUUAUUCCCUUUAGUUGAAUGCAUUAUGAUUUGAAGUCCAGAAUUGCCAGUUAAAAGGCAUGAGAUCUUGCUUAGCCCUCAAGGAGAUGACCAAGUAGUCGAAGAACUAGAGUUACAACGCAGGGAACAAAAGUUCAAGCCUCAGCAAAGGUAACAAACACUUCCCAGUUACCUUGUCUUAUCUGCAAAGGACUACAUCUUAGCGAUGACUAAAUCUAACGUAAGUUAUUAGUAAUGCUAUUCUGAAUUUGAUGGCGUUGAUGUAUUCAAGAAUAUAUAAAUCUUAGUUUAUGACUAAAAUACGAAAGAUUCAAUGAUCUGGGUACUCAUAACUGCAAGCUUGGCCUCAAAUGGCUUAAGAGGCUCUUGUGUUGGUUGCCUGCCCACAAAAUUCCUUGUGAAGCAAAGACAGGAAUAUUAUACUCAAUCCUGAGAUGUUCGAGUUGUGUUGGACCUAAAUUCUUGUGAAACAAUAGAAUUUGAUCGAUCCAAUAUUUGUCGUUAAGGUGGAGAACUGAACCUAGAAUUCUCUUUCUUCAUCAUCAAUCGAAAAGACAAUAAUUGGCGUACAAGGGAAACAUGCAGUUAAAGCAGAGUUCUUAGGUGGUAGAGCACUGUGACGUAUAGGGAAGCAUCUCAGUUAGCUUCUUGAAACAACAGAAUAUAUAUCUUCUGAUUUCUGUUAGCUACGGGUUUGGUAAAACUCAAUUUGUUACUCUUCCUUUCUUUUUAGUCCGUUUCAAGAAAAUGACUCUUUCCCUUUUUAACUAUUUUUUUGUUUUAAUUUUUCAUAUGACAUGUUUGAUCGCAAGAUUUAAUGUUUGAUACAUUUGACAUGACAAUAAAAAUCAAAAAAAUCUUUUUUAUUUUCUUGAAAUCUGUGUCAAGUCAAAAUAUGAAAAACAAAUUCAAACUGUGGAAGUACUUAAGUUAGAGAGGACUUCUCAAACAUUACUUGUAAUUUAAGUAGGAAAAGAGUUUAAUUUUCUUCUACAUUGGUGGAUUAAUUUCUUUCCUUGUCUAAUUCUAAAUUCUAUAAUAGAAAAGUUUCGAACCAACUCAA